UGCACUCGAGCAAUCCGUGAAGCUUUUUGACUCCUCGCGAUUCAUUGACUAUAGGCUAGUUGACGGUAUGGAGCUUGCAAGGUCGUGAAAAUAAAUCCAUCUGCGCAUGCGCCGCCCUGGACUGGUCCUUCCAUGAGCUGACAUAUGACCUGACAUGGCACAUCGAUGUUUUGGAGCAAACUACAGGAAAUGUCAUCGGACUUGUUCUCUAGAUUAAACAUUCCAGGCACAUAUCGCUUAAUUGAUGAUCUUUCCGUAAUGCAUUUGUGGUACGGAGGUUUAAAUAGGCGUCUCGGUAGAGGCACAGAGUAUUUCCACCAGCCUUUCCCUCAGACAUUUCCUUCAAGCCAAGUACCCUGGGGGAAACAUGGGGACAUAAGUGAAGACGUCGACUAAUAUCGAAGCACGUAAAACAUUUUGUCUAACUUUUCACAAGGCUCUAGAACAAGGGCGAUGUGAUAAAUGAUUCAGUCGGUCGACCUGAAAUAACAUUGCCACUAUUGCAUUUCUUUCGGACAGGCACCAUUGAAAUGGCAAACAUUAUUCCUCCUACUUCGAAUCGCAUGAACAAUAUCAUUCAAGCUCUUUUUCCCCCCGCCGCCGUCGCUGCUGCCGACCAUGCUAAGCCGGAUCUGAGGUUAUUAAUCUGUCCGUAUCGGACAACAAUCUUCUGCGCCCUGAUUUGAUUGAGAUUUGCAAAGGUGCCAUCGCAUAAGAGAUGAAUGCGGAGACAUUCAAUUAUCCGGCAGGACUUGGAGGAGGACCAUCGCUCAUAGAAUUGGUUUCUAAAUUUUCGAACAAGUGCUUCAAACUAGCAAUUCCCAUCACGUCUGAUAAUCUUGUCACUGCCUCUGGAGUCGGUUUUUGUCUUGAUGCUAUAGCGUCAUGCAUGUGUGAGCCGGGAGAUUCAAUUCUAGUUCCUGGUCCCUAUAGUGUAGGCGCUUAUCUGUGCUAUCAUGCUAGUAUCACAAUGUUUCCAGCAUACCCAAGCCCUCCAUCUACAACUUUAAUCUCCGAAACGCACUUUCCUGCUCUUGAGACAGCAUAUAACUCUUCUCCGGAUCCAAAGCGGAUCAAAGGCUUGCUUAUUUUCAAUCCUCAUGCUCCUUUUGGACAGUAUUAUUCUCAAUCUUGGAGUGCAAAGAAGGGUCUGCAUUACAUCUCUGAUGAGGUCUAUGGUUGUUUGGAAUUUGGAUGUGACGAGAAAGCCGAAAGAUUCGUUUCGGCACUUUCGCUACUCGAUUACUCUAUAGGACCAGAGCGCAAAGCAAUGAUUGGCAGGAGCAAAGUCCAUGGCUGCUUAAUAACUCAGUCUAAUCCUAUGCUCCGUAUCGGUGCCAUCAUCUCGACUUACAAUCAAACUUCCUCGCUCCCUGCUCUCCUUCUUACCCAUUUACUCAACUCCGAUAUGCUCCCUUUUUUAUUGAAUAAGAAUAAUGCUUUUCUCUCCAAAAAUUGCACUUUGCUCACCUCUACUUUGAAUCACUUCGGAAUAGAAUUUCUCCCCGCAAUUGCAGGUUUUGUUGUAUUCACCAAGCUUGCGAAAGAUACAGAGACGUGGAACGAAGAAGCGAUUGUGAAAAUACUACAAGAACAUAAGGUGAUAGUCAGUCCUAGAAAGCAAUUUGGCGGUGCAAAGGAUGAAAAGGGUUGGGCGAGAAUCACCAUUGCUGUGCCCGAGGAAGAUUUCAAAGAGGGGGUCAAGAGAAUUCGGGCAUAUUUUGUCGAAAACCUGUCAUAA